CGGGGCGGGGGAGGCGCGGCCGGGGCCGGCGGCGGCGGCGGGCAGCGGGCGGUGCAGGACGGAGGCGCCCGGCCGGGUCGCCCGCCCCGCCUGGAAGGCGCCGGCAGCGGGGGGCCGGGCCCCGAGCUGUUUCAGUGCCUCAUCUUAAUCUGGAGCUUUGUGCUUUCAACUUCUGCAAUCAGGCGCUAUGCAUCCAGAUCCUGGACAUUUACAGGCACCACUCUUUGUCGCCGUCACAGUUCUCAUAUCUACCACAAGUUCAGGUUUAAUUCCCCAUUUUACUUCUGAGCCCCUGUCUACUGUCCAGAAGUCUGGUGCGCCCAUACAACUACACUGCUCUGCUGAGCCCUCCACAGCUCACAUUUCUUGGCUGUUUAAUGGAGAGCCUUUGGACAGCAGGUUGGGAGAAGUGGAAAUCCAGUCAGGAUCUUUGACAAUCGUCUCUCUAAGCCUGUCAACAUCUGGUCACUAUCAGUGCAUUGCCAACAGCACUGUGGGCGCUGUUGUGAGUAGGGCUGCAGCGAUAUCAAUAGGCAGUCUAGCUAAUUUUGAUACUUCGGUGAAACCUGUCAUUGUAGCGGAGGAAGGUGGCACAGCUUUCAUUGGCUGCAAGGUGCCAGAAAGUAACCCUAAAGCACAAGUUCGUUUUCGAGUGCGGGGAAAAUGGCUGGAACAAUCAACAGAUAACUACCUAAUUCUUCCAUCUGGAAACCUGCAGAUUUUGAAUGUAUCUUUAGAAGACAAGGGAUCCUACAAAUGUGCUGUGUACAACCCAGUCACUCAUGAUCUCAAAGUAGAACCUGCUGGACGUAAGCUUAUAGUCACACGCUCUUCCUCAGAAGGCUUCCACAUACUUCAUCCCUUGGUCUCCCAGACCCUGGCAGUGCCCCAGCACAGCUCUUUGACACUAGAAUGUGUUGUCAGUGGACUGCCUCCAGCCUCAGUCCACUGGGUGAAAGAUGGCCAGGACGCACUGAGCAGAGGCAGGUGGAAACUGCUGCACUCCCAUCUCGUAUCAGACAGGCUUGAAGCAUCGGACUCUGGAAAUUAUUCCUGUGUAGUGGGAAAUGAAUUUGGAGUAGUGAAAUACAUUAACUAUUCACUUACGAUACUCGAGCCAGUCUCAAUUUCCAAGGGACUGCAAGAUGAAACUGUGGCUGCUGGAGCAACUGUGCAUUUCUGGUGUGAUGUCCAUGGAAGCCCUGCUCCAACCCUCACCUGGCUGCACAAUGCAGCUCCCCUCAAUCAUUCUCCACGGCACCUGCUAUUGGGAAACAGCCUGCAGAUCCACGGUGUCAUUGCAGAGGACUCUGGCUUGUACCAGUGUGUAGCAAACAAUGGGAUUGGAUUUGUGCAGUCCACUGGGAGACUUUAUGUACAGCCAGGCAGUGGGUCAAGGCCAGUUAUAGUUUCUCCACCAGCAAGUGUCAGUGUGACAGAAGGUGGGGAUGUCACACUGUCCUGCAACGCCACUGGCCUGCCCGUUCCUGUGAUCCAUUGGUAUGAUAGCAGAGGCCUCAUUACCAGCCACCCCUCCCAGGUGCUUCAUCCAAACCCACAAGAACCUUCCCAAGCAAUGCAGGGCAGCACCAUUGCAGAGCCCACCACCUAUUUCACCGCAUCUCAAGCAGGGUCAAGUUCCUUGCACAUUCGGAAUGUGACUCCAGGUCGUGUGGGGGAAUAUACCUGCGAAGCCAUCAACGAGCAUGGCUCUGCGAAGUCGGAAGCCUUCCUCACAGUUGUUCCCUUAGAAACUGGCACGAAAGCAGCAGCAGAAGAAAUGGCUCCUGUGGAGAUUGUCCAGAGCAAUGAAAGCGAUGGUGACUUUGGUGUGGAAACAGCGGUUUCAAGCUUGCCUCCAACAAAGCUGCAUUUUGAUGCAGCUGUGACAGAAAAGCCCUUGAAUAGCAUCUCCGCCCCAGAAGCCCCCAUCAUCCUCAGUCCCCCGCAGACUCUCAAGCCGGACAAAUACACCCUGGUGUGGCGUUCGGGACGGGAUGGCGGCUUGCCCAUCAAUGCCUAUUUUGUUAAAUACCGCAAGCUGGACGACAGCGUCAGUGCAGCGGGGAGCUGGCACACGGUGCGUGUCCCUGGCAGUGAGAACGAGCUCCGGCUCACCGAGCUGGAGCCUUCAAGCCUGUAUGAAGUUUUAAUGGUGGCGAGGAGUGCUGCUGGCGAAGGCCAGCCUGCUAUGCUGACAUUUCGCACCAGCAAAGUUCCAGAAGCUCCUGAUCGACCCACAAUCUCCACAGCAUCAGAAUCAUCUGUCUAUGUCACAUGGAUACCACGAGCAAACGGUGGCUCCCCCAUUACUGCCUUUAAAGUAGAGUAUAAACGUUUGGGACGAAACAGUGACUGGCUAAUUGCAGCUGAUAACAUUUCUCCUUCCAAGCUGUCUGUGGAAGUUCGUAACUUGGAGCCAGGAGAAAUGUAUAAGUUCCGUGUGAUUGCUGUGAACAACUAUGGGGAGAGUCCACGAAGUGCAGCCUCUCGCCCUUACCAAGUAGCUGGUUUCACCAACCGGUUUUCCAACCGCCCCAUCACAGGACCUCACAUAGCUUAUACGGAAGCCAUCAGUGACACUCAGAUCAUGUUAAAAUGGACAUAUAUUACAUCAAGCAACAACAACACACCUAUCCAAGGAUUUUAUAUCUAUUAUCGGCCUACGGACAGUGACAAUGAUAGUGACUACAAGAGGGAUAUUGUAGAAGGUACAAAGCAAUGGCACUUGAUAAAUCACCUGCAGCCAGAAACAUCUUAUGACAUAAAAAUGCAGUGCUAUAAUGAAGGUGGUGAAAGCGAGUACAGCAACGUGAUGAUCUGUGAAACUAAAGUGAAACGCAUGCCAGGAGCAUCUGAAUAUCCAAUAAAAGACCUGAGCACGCCACCAAAUUCCCCUGACCGGGUUGGGGGAAGCAGCGGUGGGCUUUCAAACGGCCCCGUUCGAAGCAGUGACAUGCUGUAUUUGAUUGUGGGGUGUGUCCUUGGAGUGAUGGUCCUUAUUCUGAUUGUUUUCAUUGCCAUGUGCCUGUGGAAGAACCGUCAACAAAACACCAUGCAGAAAUAUGACCCUCCUGGCUAUUUGUACCAAGGUUCAGAUAUCAAUGGGCAAAGGAUUGAGUACACGACUUUACCUGGCACAAGUCGUGUCAACGGCAGCAUCCACGGGAACUUCAUAAGCAACGGCGGCCUCAGCAAUGGCUGUCCACACAUCCAUCAUAAAGUUGCUAACGGAGUUAAUGGGAUUGUGAACGGAGGAGCUGGACUUUACCCAGGGCACACCAACUCCCUGUCCAGGACACACGUGGACUACAAACAUACCCACCACCUUGUGAAUGGUGGUGGGAUGUACACGGCAGUGCCGCAGGCUGACCCCUCCGAGUGCAUCAGCUGCCGAAACUGUCGGAACAAUAACAGGUGUUUCACCAAAACCAAUGGCACUUUCAGCAGCAACACGCUACCUGUCAUGCCCAUCGUAGCACCUUACCAGCAGGACAGUCUGGAGAUGAAACCUCUGAAUCAUGUCAUGGUGGCCAUGUGCUUAGCUUCCAGCAUUCCUGAGUGCAGCGCACAGCUGGAGGAGGACAGCAAAGAGAAGACAGAGCAGCCCUCCGCCCAGCAUCCCUGCUGUCGAGAAAGCAUGAAUCAGCUCUCCAUGGAGUACACAGAUGGUGACAACUGUUUGCACUCAGAAACAUCGAACCACGCUUUGAGCUGGAGUCCCCUUAUUCUUCAGCCUGUUUCAAAGGACUGUAAGGAAAAGCCAGGAUGGAGCUCAUCUGGCGUCACAUUAAAUGGUUCUGGGGACCUCCGACAGCUCCAGCUUCAGGAAACCUGAGGAAGUGACCGCUUUCCCCACAUAACGCCAGUAACUGCACAGCAGAGUCGCUGAAAGGGACUAAUGGAGGGAUGUUAAUUAUAACAGAGAGAGUCACUAUUUAUUUUUUGUAGUAGUGUCAUAUGAAUGAAUGUAUCUUGUUUUUAAAUGGUUGCCUUUUUAUAUUAUUUAUGCAUUGAAAUCCCUUUUUUUUUCCCCAUGCACCAUGAAACUAGCCUGGGUAUGUGUAUAAAAAAGAUUUGUAAUAAUAUAAAGAACAACAAUGGGAAGUGUGUAGUGUGUCUUCCGUGGAAUAUGACCAGUGUGAGAAGCACUUCCAAGGAGACAAAAAGUGUCUUACACAUGGAGUUAGCAGUUUGGAGCACACCUGGGCAGUUCUGAUGUUACGACCACCUUCACAGGGGCUGCCACAUCCCUGGCAACAUGACAACACAGUGCUUGAACACUUAUUUCCAUGUCCUCUUUCAGUUUCUCUGGGAAGAACUCAUGGAACAAGGGUGAAUAAGGGACUGUGGGUAAGAAAAUGAGUAGCUGAGUAGUUACAAUAUGGCUUCAGAGGCAGAGCUCAGAGAUGUUCUGGCAACUGUUUGCAUCUGUAGGUCUUUGCCACUAUUUCAGUGAUUCUUUCCUUUUCAGAAGUGUGUGCAAAAGCCCAGCCUGUUUGAACUAGCAGCUAGCUCUUUUCUUUUUACAAGUGCUUUGGUAAUCCAAGCAGUCAUCAGAACCUGGGCAGGAGGAGGGAUUGUCGGGGUGCUUUGGAACCCACCUGGUCUACUGGUCUCCCUCCCUGCUCUCCAGCAAGUGCUCAGGGCAGGCUGCAGCCAGCCUUUUUCCUGGCAGCAGCAUGGGUAUGGGCAUCUGCUUUCUUCUGCUCCAGGUAAUGUCUGUAGAGCUGGAUGGCAGGAUGGUUUGGUGAAGUGAUCCAGCCUAAAGUAAGUCUCACAAUCACCUUCACCCAGUGUAUCCCACAGAUACACCCACAGAGCAGGAGGGAUGGCAGUAACCAGGAGAUGCUUAAGAGGGCUGCUGCCAAAGAUGAUCCAGCUGAACUGACCUUUACAGCUCAUUAGUAAAUAAUUGCUGCUAAGUCAGGUGGUUUAAUUUCCAGUGGCUAUGGUGUGGAGCUGUUAAACUUGCAGCAGAACCUCCUCUGAGUUUCCCUGACUGUGCUCCUCCCACACCAUGUCACCCACUGCAGUGCAGCUCCCGAGCCCGGUGAGACCUCCAUGAGCUGUUAAAAAAUCAAACCCAAAACACUGUGUUUGUGGUGCUUUAUUCCUGCUGUCCUGCUCACUUGCAGAAGACAAAUUCAGUUUGACUGCGUUUAAACUCCUUGGUUUGGAGUGGAAAAAAGGGGAUACUACUAAUUGCUUGACUAGCUGCCUUUGCCUUCUAGGUGAAAUGAGCCUUGUCAAAGCGCUCCAGCCUUGUGCACGCAGCUCUGAGAAACCUGCCUGCCUUUUCAGAAACAGCACAUGCAGCAUGAUGUAGGUGUUGCAAUGUUAACUGCAGGGUUGUUUUUUUUUUCUUUCAAAUUUAAUCAAAGUAAAUAAAACAAACUUGUGCCUGUAAAGCACUCUCUCCAGAAAUCAGCGCGCAUAACCCCAGCUUUGAGGCACAUAAAUUACAAUUACAGCUGCCCCAAGGCGACACAUGUGCAGCCUUCUUUUAAUGGAACAAGUAUUUUUCUAGUGAGCGCCAGCAACAGCCCUGGAGCUGGGAAGGGAGGAAGCGAAGCCGGUCUGGCUGGAGCUGCAAACCCCUCGGGGAAUGCCUGCAAAGGCGCUACAGGUGCAGCGUGCCGUGCUCAGAAACUGUGCCUGGCCCAAAAAGUCUCCUUUCCCCACUGAAUGCCAAGUGGUGUGUGUGCAUGCAGCAUGAAGAGAUAUAUAUAAUGUGUUAUAUGCUUUAUAAAUAGAGUCCUUAAUAAGAAUUUACUAGGUCUGAGCUGGGUUACUAUGCAAGACUAUUCCAGUAGUUGAUGCUUUAUUUUUGCUUGUGUCCAGAGCCUGGUGCCGAUGCUGUACUGUGUACGUGACCACUCUGCUUGUCCAUGCGCGACUGUGGCUUUGAUUUUCAUGGUUGCAAGGCUGAGUGCAUGUCAGAGGGAGGCAAGAGCAUCUGAAUGAACAUGGCUUGAGUGCAAUGUCCUGUCCUGAUUUCCUGGAAAUGUGCUGGUCUGCAUUUUUGAUGCUGAAGUGUAGGAUGCCGGUGUGAGUUUGGUGGGCAGGAUUGAUGUGAGAGCACAGAAAGGAGCCCAAGGCCACAGGCUGCAAGACACCACGAGUGUCAGAUUUGGGACUGGUUCUGUUCAAGGAUGAAACUGUUGUAAUCUGCCUUGUUAGCAGAAUCUCUUUGUGGACUGCUUUAUUUAUAUCGAAUUACACUGUUUUAAGUGUUUUUUUCAUUUUAUUGUAUUUUAUUUAUAAAAAAUAUAUAACUUUUACCUUUA